AGCUCCGCGCGCCAGCUUCCGGGUGGAGAGAGCGCGCGAUGGGGCGGCUGGUGGACGUCGCAGAGUAGCGGCGGCGAGUGGGCGUGUGCGCCGAGCGGUCGGGCGCCCGCGCAGGAGUCGCGGGGUCUCAGGGAGCCGGUCCGGGGCGCGGAGAGAGCCUUCGACUGUCACCCGCGUCCGCUCACUGGCAUGUCGGCCGAGGCCUCUGGCCCGGCGGCGGCUGCGGCCGAAUGCCUGGAGUCCCCUAACCCCUCAGGUGUCGAACCUGGCUCCCCCUCGUACAGUCUGAAGCCCCUGACCCCGAACAGCAAGUAUGUGAAGCUGAACGUGGGCGGCUCGCUGCACUACACCACGCUGCGCACCCUCACGGGGCAGGACACCAUGCUCAAGGCCAUGUUCAGCGGCCGCGUGGAAGUACUCACAGACGCGGGAGGUUGGGUGCUGAUUGACCGGAGUGGCCGACACUUUGGUACAAUUCUCAACUACCUGCGGGACGGGUCAGUGCCACUGCCUGAGAGUACCAGAGAACUGGGGGAGCUGCUAGGUGAAGCCCGAUACUACCUGGUACAGGGCCUGAUUGAAGACUGUCAGCUGGCGCUGCAGCAAAAAAGGGAGAAGCUGUCGCCACUAUGCCUCAUCCCGACAGUGACAUCACCCCGGGAAGAGCAGCAGCUCCUGGCCAGCACCUCCAAGCCUGUGGUAAAGCUUCUGCACAACCGCAGUAACAACAAGUACUCCUAUACCAGCACUUCAGAUGACAACUUACUGAAGAACAUCGAGCUGUUUGACAAACUAGCCCUGCGCUUUCAUGGGCGGCUGCUCUUCCUCAAGGACGUCCUGGGGGACGAGAUUUGCUGCUGGUCUUUCUACGGGCAGGGCCGAAAAAUCGCCGAGGUGUGCUGCACCUCCAUAGUCUAUGCUACGGAGAAGAAGCAGACCAAGGUGGAAUUCCCUGAGGCUCGGAUCUUCGAGGAGACACUGAACAUCUUAAUUUAUGAGAAUUCCCGUGGCCCAGAUCUGGCUCUCCUGGAGGCCACAGGGGGUGCAGCUGGAGGUGGUGGGGCAGGCCGAGGAGAUGAUGAAGAGAACAGAGAGCACCGUGUUCGAAGGAUUCAUGUCCGCCGCCAUAUCACCCAUGAUGAGCGUCCUCAUGGCCAACAGAUUGUCUUCAAGGACUGACCUUGAUCUUCCCCUGCUUUUCUCUUGCUUCUGGGACCUAGUCCCUCUCUCUUUGCCCCGGCUCUGCUGGCCAAGUCGUGGGUCUUUCCUCUAUCCCCUCAUUGCAUGAUAUGUUCAGUGAGCCCUCUCCAGUCAUUGCCACUCACUGCUAACCACACGGUACAUUCCAGCAUUACCCUCUGGUGGGGCUCUUCAGAAAGCCAGUGUCCACCCUCCUCCACAACCUCGUUCUGCCAUCUUUCUCUUACCAUCUGGUUUAGAAUGAGGCAGGAUUCCCUUUCCCAUUUGUUAACACAUUGAACACACGUGUAGAAGGAGACAGUACCAUCAACCAUACUCCAAGCUGCUUUCCGCCAUUACAACAAGAGAUCUUCACUCCCCCCUGCCUCACCAUUCUCCCUACCUCCUUAACUUUGUACUAGGCUGGCCUGGACCUGUACCAGCUCGGCUAUCUUCAUCUGUUUCAUAUUAUUUAUUAUUUUAAUUUUCUAUUAAAUUAUUGGAAUAAAGUUGAGCUGAAGGUCUGCUGCUGACUCUCGGGUGAGGGAUGCAGAGA